AUGGUAGAUAAGGAUAGUCCAACUAACCAGCUCCAAACAUCCUUUAGUGAGCCUCGGUUCCUAAUCCUUACUAAUCCUGGAAUGGAUCACCAGCCAAUUAAGCAAGCUGCUCUUGGUAACAUUCCAACCAUUGUUUUCUGUGAUACUGACUCUCCCAUGCGCUAUGUUGACAUUGGGAUCCCUGCCAAUAACAAGGGGAAACAUAGUAUUGGUUGUCUAUUCUGGUUGUUAGUGAGGGACCCUGAGGAGGCCAAGGAGCAAGAAGAGGAUGAGGCCGGUGCUCCUCCUGAUUAUCAAGGUGCAGAUUUCACUAGUGGCGCCCUUGGUGGUCUUCAGAGUGAUCAAUGGCUUACUCAAAUGCAAGAUACCCAAUGGGCCCCAGAAAUGGCAGUUGGUGGUGGUGCCAUUCAUACAGGUGUCAAUGUUGACUUACCCCAAACUCAAGUUCUUAUGUCAGCUGAAGGAUGGGAUGUUGUUUUGGAGCUUAAACUUAUUUAA